AUGCCUGAAGAGCCGAGCACCGCGGCCGACAUUGAGGUGGCACAGGUCCGUGAAGCCGUGAAAGAUUUGAUUCACCCAAAGUAUGACACAUAUUUCAACAUUCUUCGGUGGAUUCAAGGUACCAAUCACAAUGUACCAAAAGCGAUUCACAUGUUGAGAAAGCAUUUGAAAUGGAGAAAAGAGAAGCGAUUGGACACUGACUCGUCAACGCUGCAAUCGUGCAAGAUAGCUUCCGAUCACGCUCCAUUGUGUAUCAUUAAGCCAACGAAUCCCGACGCGGAUCACAUUUUAGUCGUUGAUCAAGCCGGAAAAAUCGAUGUUGGCGGUGUGUUGAAAAGUGUCCAACCGACCGACUAUAUUCAUCAAAAAUAUCGAAAUAUCGAGAAGAUUUUAUCGAUUUUGAUGGAGAUGGAAGCCCGAUUGGGACGUCAGUGCUACGCGUAUUACAUCUUUGACCUCGAUGGGUUGAGCUUCGAUCCGACAAUGGUUGGAACUGUGACAGGCCCUUUCCGAAUCUCAUGGGAACUCAUGGCGAUGCACUAUCGAGAAUGGAUUGAUAAGUUCAUUGUGAUCAAUGCUCCUGGUUUCAUGAACAUUCUCUGGUCAGCCAUUUCACCUUUUAUCCCAGAGGAUGGUAGAGGGAAAAUCGUUUUCCCAGGGAAAAGUUGGCGUGAUGACUUGCAAGAGCUACUCGGAAAGGAGUCUCUACCCGAAAAAUACGGUGGUACUCUAAAAGACUCCGAGGUAUUAACAGCGCCCGAACCAGUUCCAAAGGAAAAGUAUUGGUCUCCAAAAGUCGGAGAGCCAAAUCACACGAAUUUGCAUAAAAUCAGCAUACCAGCCUCAAAAGAACGUCAAUUGCUUUAUCCAGUGAAAGCCGGUGAGAAAUUGAUCUUCUACACACAAAAUGAUUCCGAAUUGAUGUACGGGAUCGCUUUCACCACGAAUAAGGAUUUACCCGAAGAAGAUUGGGAUAUCCUUGUCCCACCGUGUCCCCGUGCCGGCCUACCCGCCAUUGAUGCCGGUCAUUUUGAGCCAAUGGACAAUGGCUACUACCAGCUUCGAAUCCAGAACCAAGCGGCUUGGCUCUUCCCGUCAACCUUCAAAAUUUUAGCAUUAAGUGAAUCAGGAAAAGAGAUUUUCGCUGAAAAUCAAGGAGCCGAGAAGUGGUUUAAAGCUGGACAAAAGUUCAAGAAA